AUGGCUGAUCCGAGACCCAACCCCACUUCAGAUCUUAAUUGGAGUGACUACAGAGGUGCUAUUCACCAGAUCUUUGCUGCGAAUGCUACUAAGCAUCCCGAGAGAACUUGUGUCGUUGAGACCGCUUCUUCAAACUCACCCAAGAGAGUCUUCACAUAUCAACACAUCAACGAAUCAAGUAAUGUUCUAGCACAUCACCUCGUCGCCAGUGGAGUACAACGAGGUGAGGUCGUCAUGGUCUACGCUCACCGCGGCGUUGAUCUGGUCGUGGCCGUCAUGGGUGUACUCAAGGCUGGCGCUACUUUCUCCGUCAUUGACCCUCUGUACCCUGCGGAUCGUCAAAUCAUCUACCUCGAUGUUGCCAAGCCCCGCGCUCUCGUUGUCAUCGAGAAGGCUUCUCAAGAAGCCGGAAAGCUUUCUGAUACUGUGAGAGAGUACAUUCAGGAGAAUCUGAGGCUGAGAACAGAGGUCCCUGGUCUGCAAUUGCAAGACGAUGGCUCCGUCAUUGGUGGCAACGUUGAUGGUCGCGACUGUCUCGAAGCUCAGCAACAAGCUCGUGCCGAGCUUCCUGAUGUUGAAGUUGGUCCUGAUUCAACUCCUACCUUGUCCUUCACUUCUGGUUCAGAAGGCAGACCCAAGGGUGUCAAGGGUCGCCACUUUUCUCUGGCCUACUACUUCCCCUGGAUGUCAGAACGUUUCGGUCUGUCCGAGAAGGACCACUUCUCAAUGCUCAGCGGUAUUGCUCACGAUCCUAUCCAGCGCGAUAUCUUCACUCCUCUCUUUCUGGGUGCCCGUCUGAUUGUACCUCCGGCCGAGGACAUCACUUUCGACAGAUUGGCCAAGUGGGCCAGCGACAACGAAAUCAGCGUCACCCAUCUUACCCCUGCCAUGGGCCAGAUUCUGCUCGGUAGCUUGGAGCCCAAGGUCAACUCACUGCACUCAGCAUUCUUCGUCGGUGAUAUCCUUCUGAAGAGAGAUUGCCGUAGAUUGCAGGAUCUGGCUCCCAACGUUCGCAUCAAGAAUAUGUACGGUACCACUGAGACACAGAGAGCCGUCAGCUUCUACGAGAUCCCCAGCAAGUCCGAAGACUCCUCAUAUCUCGACAAGAUGGGUGACGUCAUCCCUGCUGGUAAGGGUAUGCUCGACGUCCAGCUGCUUGUUGUCGAUCGUUCCAACAGAGAUCGCAUCUGUGAAGUAGGCGAGAUCGGUGAAAUCUAUGUUAGAGCUGGUGGUCUUGCAGAAGGCUACCUUGGUCCCGAGCUGAAGGAGCUUACCAACUCCAAGUUUGUCCCAAACUGGUUCGUUGACAACGACAAGUGGGUCAAGGAGGACCAAGAGAAGGCGACCAAGGCCGGUAAGGACGAGCCAUGGAGAGAGUUCUACAAGGGACCCAGAGACAGACUCUAUCGCUCUGGUGAUUUAGGACGAUACACUGCCGAUGGUAACGUUGAGUGUACCGGCAGAGCCGACGACCAAGUCAAGAUUCGUGGCUUCCGAAUCGAGCUUGGAGAGAUCGAUACUCAUCUCUCUCAGCACCCUCUUAUCAGAGAGAAUGUCACCCUUGUCAAGCGUGAUCACGAGGAGGAGCAAAUUCUUGUCAGCUACUACGUUCCCGACUUCAGCAAGUGGUCUGAGUGGAAGAAGGCAAAGGGCGAGGCUGAGACCAAUGUUGCUGACGACUUGAGCAUUCCCGAGAGGCUCAAGAUGUUCAACACCCUUACCAACGACGUGAGGGAGCAUCUGAAGAAGAAGCUGGCUUCUUACGCUGUGCCCACUCUCUUCAUUCCCAUGGUCAGACUGCCUUUGACUCCCAACGGCAAGGUCGACAAGAGAGCACUACCAUUCCCGGAGAAGUCAGAGCUCCUUGCUGCUUCGUCGAGCCAACCCGUCCAGGAUGCUGCUACUCGUAGCGAGACCGAAAAGUCCCUUGCAGAAAUCUGGGCUCUCUAUCUACGCAGCUACGCCGCCGACAGCAUUCCGUCUGAUGUUCCUUUCUUCGACCUUGGUGGUAACAGUAUCGCCGCUGUUCAGAUUCCCUCUCAGAUUCGCAAGAAGUGGCCUGAUGUUACUAUCCCCGUCAGUGCUAUCUCCAAGAACCCAACCCUCCAACAGCUUGCCGGCGAGAUCGAGCGCUCACUCAAUCCCGUUGGACUCCGUCUCGAUGCCCAAGCCCCGGAGACCGACAACCAGGAAGAAUUCUACUCGAACACUCUCCCUGAGCUGAUCAAGGAGAUUCCUACCAAGAUUCAGUCAGCAAGCAGAGAAUCUGCUAAGCAACAGACAGUCUUCCUCACCGGAGCAACUGGCUUCUUGGGCUCCUACAUCCUCCGCGACUUGCUGUCCACCGGCAACAAGGUCAUUGCGCACGUUCGUGCCAAGUCUCAAGAGGAUGCUUUGCAACGUGUCAAGGCAACUUGUCAAGCUUAUGGCAUCUGGUCAGACUCAUGGUCAUCCAGCCUCGAGUGCGUCACUGGAGAUCUGCAGGAGCAGCCUCUGCUCGGUAUGCAACAGGAUGUCUAUGACCGCGUCGCCAAAGAGGCUGAUGUUGUGAUUCACAACGGUGCCAUCGUACAUUGGCUCAAGCCUUUUUCGUCUCUCAAGUCUGCCAACGUUUUGAGUACCAUUUCGGCCAUCAAGCUGUGCGCUACUGGGAAGACCAAGAAGAUGGCCUUUGUCAGUUCUACCAGUGCUCUUGACUCAGACCACUACGUAGAAUUGUCCAAGAGCCUCAUCGCUUCUGGUGCCGCCGGUGUGAGUGAAUCUGAUGACAUGGAGGGUAGUAGACAAGGCCUCACUACUGGCUACGGACAAGGCAAGUGGGUGUCUGAGCGUCUGAUGGAGGAGGCUGGAAGAAGAGGUCUGGUCGGCUCCAUCAUCCGUGCUGGCUACGUACUUGGUGAUCCCAAGACUGGCACUACCAACACCGACGACUUCCUCAUUCGUAUGCUUAAGGGUUGUGUGCAAGUCGGUUCUAGACCUGACAUUACAAACACCAUCAACAUGGUACCUGUCGAUCACGUCGCCAGACUCGUCAUCGCCACAGCACUCAACCAGCCCGUCGCACCCAUGGUCGUCUGCCACGUCACCGGUCAUCCCAGACUGACAUUCAACCAAUACCUCGCUGCCCUGGAAGCAUUUGGCUACGGAACACCCAAGGUCGAGUUCCCCAAGUGGAGAGACGCCGUCGAGAGCUUUGUCGAGCAAGGCAAGGAAGAGCACGCUCUUCUUGGUCUGUACCACAUGGUCACUGGUGAUUUGCCCGGCAGCACCAAGGCCCCCGAGCUUGAUGACAGAAACUCUGCUGCUGCCCUCAAGGCUGAUGCUGCGAGGUCAGGCCAGGACUUCUCGGCUGGUAGCGCUGUCACUGAGGAUAUUGUUGGACAGUACCUCUCCUUCUUGAUUGCCAGAGGCUUCAUGCCCAAGCCUACCAAGAAGGGUAUCAAGACACUUCCCGAGUCUAAGAUUACGCAAGAGCAGAUAGAGGCUUUGGAUCGUGUUGGUGGACGUGGAGGUGCUGCAUAA